AGAGGGUUUUCUGCUCGUUUUUGCUGUAAACGAAGCCAAGUCAUUUGAAAAUGUCGCUAAUUACCGCGAACAAAUAAGACGGGUCAAGGAUAGUGAUGAUGUAAGUUGUGUUCUCGUACCGAUGGUACUAGUGGGGAACAAAUGUGAUCUUGCUCAACGUGCCGUUGAUGGACGAACUGUAUCAGAAGCUGCUAGGGCUUAUGGGAUACCGAUGGUUGAUACGUCAGCCAAAACCAGAAUGGGUGUAGACGACGCCUUUUAUACGUUAGUACGUGAGAUCAGAAGGUUUGAGAUAAGAACUUUCUGCAAUUUUUGGGGAAUUAUGAUAUAUAGCAUUGGACCAGCUCUGAUGUUAUUCUGUGUGCUUUGCAAUUUCUUAUUUGAUGAGGGCCAGGAAUCUCACUCGCUCUUGCUGUUUCAGCACCGAGAACGGAAUCGAGAUGCGCCAAGGAAGAAGAAGAAGUGCUCAAUCCUGUGAAU